AUGGUCAUGCAAGCGAUUGUGAUAUAUAACGAACUUAGCCAUCGUGCACGACAUCUUGCAAGAGCUCCUCAUACAAAUUGGAAUUCUGAAAGAGAAAUAACACUUACACGAAUGUUUGGCACGAGUGAUACAAUAUGUUGUGAUCUCCUUAGGAUGAAAAUAGGUCCAUUUCAAAGAUUAUGUGCUCGUUUGCGAACUUACGGAUUGGUUGACAGUAAAUACGUUCGAAUUGAGGAACAACUCGCAAUUUUUCUGAAUACAGUCGGGCAUGACCAACCUAAUCGCGCUGGACAUUUUACUUUCUUUCGCUCUGGUCAAACAGUGAGCUUUUACUUUCACAGAGUCUUACACGCUUGUCUUGGACUGUAUAGAGAUGUUGUGAUUAAUGCCACUCUUCAUAACUUACCAUACGAAAAAGAAAAUGUGCAGCCAUGGCACUCCUUUUUUCAGGAUGCCGUAGGAGCAAUCGAUGGUACACAUAUAGCUGCGUAUGUGCCUUUAGAGGAGCAAGGUAAAUAUCGUAAUAGAAAGCAAGUGAUUUCCCAAAAUGUUUUAGUAGCUUGCACAUUUGAUAUGAAAUUUAUGUACGUGCUUGCCGGUUGGGAGGGAUCUGCACAUAAUGGUCGAUUGUUACGGAGUGCAAUAUUACGCCAAGGACAUAAGCUAACAAUUUCUGUUGGUAAAUAUUACCUUGUUGACGCUGGCGUCCCACCGGUUUCGGGUUUUCUUGCACCAUAUCGUAGGACUCGUUAUCAUCGUAGAGACAUUGAAGGUCAACGUCCUGAAAGUAGUAAGGAGAUUGAUGACGUUGAAGAUGCUUGUGAGGAGGACGACUUAGAUAGUAGUGAUGAUGAGGUUAACCUUACGCAUAUUGAUGUACCUGAAGAUGAAACUCCAAAUGCUCACAUAUCUUUCACAAAUCAGGAAGUGUGGUCUAAUAAGAGGAAUGCGAUUGCUGAUUUAAUGUGGGCUGAUUAUCUUUCCAAUCAGAAUGCGGGAAUUGAUUUCGAUUGA